AUGGCUGGCAGUCAUGAUACCUGAAGCCUCAGAUUUCUUCUACAUGGUCCUAAAAUGCUCUUGCUAGAUCUAGGAAAACCUGAGACUGGAAUUGAGCAUCGAUUCACAUUUGACUGAAUCCUAGGCCCAGAGCAUGCACAGAAGGAAGCAGAGUAGGAGUUUCUGGAGAACAUUCGGGCUGUGCUGGGCUCAGUAUCCAGAGGUUACAGUGUGUCUGUAAUCAUUAGGGGCAGAGAAGCCAAGCAACUGGAUCUGGUUCCUCAGCUGCUGGCACUGCUGUUUGAGGAAACUCAACUCCAAAGUGCUUCUGAAACUUCCCUCUGGACCCUAAGUCUAGUGCAGAUGAAAAGAGCUCAAAAGGAUCAAGACUUAUUAUUAUCUGGAACUAGCGACCUGAAUUUCCUGGAUGUGUCCCCACUGGGUCUGGUAGCAGAAGGAACGAGUGAAGCAGAGAUCCUAGAUUCCAAGUCUGGCUGCCAACUUUAUUUCAGGGCAAGUGGAAGGCUUGGUUAGGUAUACUCCCUUCUUAUCUUGAUGAUAUCCUGCCUGGGGCCCAGCACCAUAAAGACCUGGGCCAGAGGCAUGUGGCAGGGCUCAUUGAGAGUCCUUCAGCUUCCAGAAGCUCCCAACUGCCCCUUAUUGCUGGUACUGGCAGGGAAGGCUUCCAAGGCCCAUACCGGCUCCUUGCCUUGGAUCAUGACUCAGUUGCUCUUUGGAAAUAGUUACAACAGCCUGUUGCUUCACUUGGAUUUCUGAGGUGUCCCCUUGGGUCUGCUCCUGGCCUCGCUAGCAGGGGCCAAAGGAGUUUGGGACCCCCGCCAGGAGAAGCAGAUUUCUCCCACACUGUGGGAUGCUUUGGAAGAAAUCCACACCCGCUAUGCCACUGUUCAGGACCUGUGUUCUGGGCUCUCUGGAACGGCUCUACAGGAGAGCCAGCUUACUCAGCUGAGCCUGGUGCUCAGGGAAUUAAAGGUACUGAAAAACCAAAGCCGGAGCUGGGAGACCAGGAUGCUCAAGGGAGUUGGAGCUUCUGUAACCAGGCUUCCAAACCUGCAGGUAUCUGGUUCCAAAGAGACCUUUCCCCCUGUUUUCAAGAAGCAUCUUCAAGCAGGUACUUCAGAAACUCUGGACCUGGGAAGGAAGUCACCCCUGCCAGCAGCAGGGGCUCCUUUUGGGGGCUCCAAAAAACAGGCCUCUGAUGUGGCCCUGCAGUUUAUGUUAGCUUGGGCCCACGGGCAGCUGCUUCAGGAACAUCACCGAUCCCAGAUCCAAGAGGAGCUGAGCUGGUUGGGACAGGACAAGGAAACAGCAACACAUCAGGCCCCAGAUCUGUCUGCUGAGAGUCGGAUUGCACAGGACCAUGCAGCACUGGUCCUGAAGCUGGAGUCACUGAGAGUGGAGCGAGAUGCAGCUGAGCGGGACCUAGAAGCUCUGUGUGAGCUGCAUGUGCAAGGAGCCCGGGCCCAGACCUGCCACAUGCUGCAGGUCAGUAGUGGAUACUGUUUGUGCAUUCUACAUCUCACACUUGACUGACUCAGCAAAUUUAUCCUUCCUUAAUAGAAAGGAAGUGUUUUAACCACACAGACCAUGUCCUACAUCAGACCAUGACC